CCUUGUUCAUCCUCAGUCCUCCACACCUCGCAAUCACAGACACAUUGUGCACCCUUUUCAGGCAGUGACCUGUUCUGCUCUACAAUUGGGACAUUAAAAAAAUAGAGCAGAUUUUACAUGUGUGUGUUACUGACACCAUCAUUGUUGAAAAAACUCAGAUACUGGAAAAUUUUAGAGGAGGAUGAAGUUGAAACAUCAGAUAACACCAGUACCUGGAUAGUACUUGUUUCCAGGAGCCCAUUACUUAUGAUGGGCUCCUGUUGUUUCUUAAGCAUGAGGGUCUUUUUCAGUGGGAUAGUGUAUACCGCAUGGUAUCAAAGGUAUUAUCGAUGGACAAAAUGACAACUUUCAAGGUAAUCCUUGCACAUUUCUUUCAUCAAGGCAUUAAUAUUAGUUUACUUGAAGUCAUUAAUUGCUCUUUUUCUCUUGUUGUCUCAGGAUGUGCAUCUCUUGAGGACAUUAUCCCCUAACCCUCACCCCCUUGGUAGUGAGAUAAAGUUAUCAUCUGUGAACAGCCUAGAAGGGAGGGAGAGAGGGGGUUUAAGUUUCUGUGAGGAAACAAUCAUCAUUAGUUUUUUUUCCCUAUUUAAAUAGAUUUUUGUCUUAGAUUACAACAACCCCAGAUUUUAAUAUUAGAAUCUUUAUCAACUUUGCAUCUUUUUACAGAAAUUUAGUGCACUCUUUUCCACUCUUCUAGAGAACGUAUGAAACCUUCCUUCCUCUAUUUUGGAACACAUCUUCCUUUUAUAUUUUAUCUUUUAAUUCUUUCGAAAUGUAAAUGAAAAUAAAUUUAUUAAGAUAUCUAGAGUCCAUAUUUUUUUUUAACAGAUGUUCACUAUGUCUACUGCAUGUUUAUGAUAACUCAGAUAGUGUUUGAUAAUUCUAUUUCCAAAAGAGUGAAUAACAGCGUCAUUGCAGUUUGAAGUGAUCCUUUGACUUUGUUGGAAGAGUCAAAAAGCAAUGACAAACAAACAAAAACAUCGUUAAAAAAAUAUCUUAAAACUCCAAUUUUUUCCCUCAAAACGACUCUAUGAAACCCUAUUAAAGUCCCAACACUCUAGCUAGCUUUUUAAACGUGUGUCUUUCGUCUGUUUUGCCUCUUUGGCAGACGUUGUCAGGCUUGUUACGUCACGCAAUCAUUCCUCCCUACUAACGUUUGUGGGGAGGAAUGAUUGCGUGACGUGACGUGCCUAACAACCUCUGCGCAGGAGGCUACUAACUAACCUGACUGGUGUAGAUUUGGAGAUUAGAAAAUGGAAGUAUCGCUUUAAGGUUGGAUUAAUUGCAGUCAAAGCUAUGAAAACAGAUUUAAAAUUAUGCUUUUGUCCGAUCUCUAGACAAUGGCAAAGAAACUAUUAAAUCAAUUCGCCUCAUCAACAUCUAAAAGCCCGUAAAAAUCUCACUUGCUCCUUCGUUUUCCUAAAAUUUCGCACGAUUUUUCUGAUACCCUGAAAAUACUUUAAACAAAUGUUUGGCUUUUUAUGCCUUAAUCUAUCAGAGGGGUACGUGUUAUCGGCUUUACCUUUCACUUGUGAUUGCCCACCCCACGGUGAGGCUCUUCACAAAGGAAAUGUAAUGUGACCCGUUACAUCACAUUUCAAAAUGGUGGCUACUGUUUUGGUUUCUAACUUAGCGGUUUGGUUAUCUAUCUUUUGGGCUACUGGCAUAGACUGUAAACACGACCAUCCUGUUCCAACUUAUUUCGGCAAACUGCAUCCAAAUGGAACCAUCGUCGACGCUCGAAACCCGGCAAAUAAGCUCAGGUUCUCUUUUCCACUGAAACCGAUUACAACUCAAGAUUCUGGUGCUGUUUUGAAAGUGUCACCUUCAUCAGAGAUAAAAAAUGGCGCGGAGGUGAACGUCAUGUGGCAUGGAGUUACUUUUCCAAAUAAAGAAGAUGUCGUUGUUCUAUAUUGUCCACCAGAUGCCGAACCUGAACGAUAUUUAGAUUAUGUCAAUGUCAGUACUAUAGCGACUUACCCCAAAGGUUAUGGCGAGUUUGCAGUUCGGCUUUGGAACGUAAGGAAGGACUGUGUAUUCAGAUACUUCAGGAUUGGUAACUACUCGAUGCUUGCGGUGGAAAGCAAUAUUGUGACUUUCGAAGGAGGAGCAGAGAUGCCAUUACAGGGCCAUCUAGCACUCACAGGCAACCCCACAGAAAUGAGAGUUAUGUGGGUGUCUGGCUUCAUGGAAACUUCUUUUGUAAAAUACGGGACUGACCCAUCAGCUAUGUCUGAAGUGAUCAUGGGGAAUAUCAGUAAAACCUACACUGCUGCUGACAUGUGCAAUGCACCUGCCAAUGAUGUCAAUAACUUUGUUGAUCCUGGCUAUAUUCAUGAUGUUCUGCUGACUAACCUCACACCAGGAACAAGAUAUUACUACUCUUAUGGUUCAAAGAAGAUGAUGAGUCCCAUUCAGCAUUUCUAUACAGCUCCUCCUGUUGGCUCUGCAAAUAGGUUUACUGCCCUGGUUUAUGGAGACAUGGGAGUAUCCCCGAUACCUCGUGCAUACAAGACAGCAGAUUAUGCAACUGAGGAGGCUAACAAUGGAACUGCAGCUUUUGUAAUUCACAAUGGUGAUAUAUCUUAUGCUCGAGGGCAUGCCUACAUUUGGGAACAGUGGCAUGCAAUUAUUGAGCCCUAUGCCACCAUACUGCCAUAUAUGGUGGGUAUUGGGAACCAUGAGCAGGAUCACGUGAAGGGAGGAUCCAAGGACCCCAGUGGAGCUCCUGGAGAAGGCUUUCAUCCUUGGUGGUCAGGGGGAUGGGGCCAUGAUUCAUUUGGUGAAUGUGGUGUUCCAAUGUAUUACCGUUUCCACAUGCCUGACAAUGGAAAUGCAGUGUGGUGGUACAGCUUUGAUUAUGGCAGUAUCCACUUCACGAUGAUGAGCACAGAACACAACUUUACACAAGGAUCUCGUCAGUACAAAUGGAUUGAACAAGACUUAAAGAAUGUCAACCGCUCUCUCACCCCUUGGGUAGCAAUUGUAGGCCACAGAGCUAUGUACUCAAGUCAGAAGGAGGAAGUGGAUUACAUCGUCUCCCUUGGCAUGCAGCACGCAUUAGAUUCUCUGUUGUAUAAGUACAAAGUUGAUCUGGCCUUCUGGGCUCAUUAUCACAGCUAUGAGCGCACAUGUCCUGUCUACCAGCGUCAGUGUACCCCAGGAGCACCUGUGCACAUCGUCGUGGGGACAGCAGGGAAAGAGUUGGAUACAGAAGAUUAUUUUCCUGCGAGCUGGUCGCUGUAUCACGAAAGGGACUAUGGAUAUGGCCGGCUGACUCAAGCUAAUCGGUCUGCGCUGCUGUGGGAAUGGGUUCAGAAUACAAGCGGAAAGGUCAAAGAUCAAGUGUGGUUGACGAAGUGAUAAUCAUUUUUUAUGUGUGCUAACCCUCGUUUGGUAUAAAAUAGACAAUGCAGACUUAAAAAUGAGUUUUUAAAACUUAAUUAUCAUACAUCUCAUGAGAAAAAUUUUCACUUUAAUAGCACUGUAUAGACUUAAAUAUGUUUACCGGUAAUGCUGUCUUUUGUGGAUUGAUUAAUGGAGAAAGGCGAGAUUUCUCCUGAAUUAGCAACUGAUAAUUUACUAUAAGACAGAGGGCCAAAUUUCGAGCAUAAGUGGAAUAAUCAUAAUCCAGAGUAAACUGAUUUAUCUGAUACAAUAUCCAGAACACACAGAGGUUGGUUAUCAGAGACAUUCGAAGUUACCGACAUUGUAAGCGAGAGGUUGUUCCUCAGACGGUCCCAGCUAGUUGAGGUUACCAGGACUGAACACGAAAAAUAACGUUUGUUACCAGUACAGUAUAGCUCUCUCUCGUAGAAGUGAGUAAGAUAAUAACCCUUUGAUAUGUGACGCAGUUGAGUGAAUGUUAUUAAAUUUUUUUCGAUUGAUUUUUUCA